AAUUUCCAUCAAGAAGUCAAGAAAACAGAUGAUUCAGAAAGCCUGUCAAGCCUUGACAGUCUUGAGGCUGGAGAACAAAAUGGAAAUUACACCACACCAAGUGAAUCAUCUUUGACUACACAGUGUGACUGUGCCCUGUACAAUCCAGAAGAAUCACAGACUAGGAAUAAUAGUUUGCUUUCUGCAGCUCGAAGUCCUUCUUCUAAAAAUAUGCACCUAAAUAAUUGUCUGAGAAAUGUAGAUUCGCCAUACCACCACAAUUUACCUAUUCAUGAUCUUUUAGCUAAACAUAAUGUUCUUACUCAUGCUGAAAAAGUAAACAAUUCAGAAGAGGAACCAUCUGCUUCUCAUAGAUCUGGAGAAAAACCCACAGAGUUCUCUGCCUCUGGUAAGCAAGAAAGCUCUGUAAGUAAUGCAUUUAGUUUUCUCCAAAAUAUAAAAGAAGAAAGAAGCAAGCCAUUUUCUGGAACAGCUAGUGCAUUAGCCACUGGUCAUCCUGUUUUCAGUCCUAGCAAAACCUGGGCCAGCCCUGAUUCUAUUCCAGGAGAAAGAGUUCAGGAUCUGAUGCAAGAUCAGAGUUUUAAAAUGACCCCACAAAGAAGAACUGUAUCUGUGCAAACCUCCAGUCAUCCUAUUGCAACAUCUAUAAUCUCAUUUCCUAAUCAGGGAUGUUCCACUGGCAUUCCCAGCACAGCUGAUACAUUACCAAAGGACAAAAACAUCAGUAUGGAGUUUUUAAAAAACACCUCGGGAAAAAUGACUGAAUCAAAAGAAGAAAAUAUUAACUGUAUUGAUGACAUUAAUCCAGAAUCAUCUUUAUUUCAGGACAUACCAAAUGCCUCAGUUCUGUGCGAUGUUAAGCAACAGAAUACCAAAGAGAAAGAAAAGGGAAAUAUGAUUGAAACUGUGUCACUGGUGUCUGAUACAGAGUUCAAUUCUGGCACUCCUGCACACCACAAAACCCUGAAAAACAAUAUUCAUGAAAGAAAAAGAGCAAAGUUAUUCAGAAGUAUCUUAAAGAAGGAUUCUAAAUAUGAACCCAGUCAUUGCAAAGCUGUGGUUAUGAACCACGGGAUCAGGUUUGGAACUCGGCCCAUGUCUUCUAUCAAAGACAGUUUAGAACUGGCAAAAAUAAAAAAGAAAAGUGCAGAAAAUGAAAAAUACAAUAGAAAGUUAAGAUGGUGUGAUCAAAUUAACCCGAUAAUAAUAGAAAAUAAUGACAAAUGCUAUGAAAAAAGUACCGGUGACAUAUCUUCUGCACAGCUGAAAUAUGUUCAAACUAUAAAUAAUGCUCCUAAGACUAAUUUAAGUAUUGUUGCCCAGCCUUCAAACCCCAUGUUCCUAAAAAAUCAUCAGGAAGACUCUGGUAUAUCAAAAUCAAAUGUUAAUACUGAAGAAUCAAAUAAAGAAUGCACAUCUCUGAAUAUAUUUAUGUCUACUGGACCCUCUUCUGCUAAAAAAGCUUGGAUGGUAUCAAAUGCUGAAGAAAGUUUAUUCCCAGUACAUAGUAAUAAUUCUAAAAUUAAUGAAGGUGAUCAACUCAAAAAUAAGGCAAAAAUAAUGAGAAGAACAACAUCUGUAAAAGCCCAGACAAGUUUUAUGCCCAAGAAGAGAACAGGCACUAUAAUCCAACCACAGUCAGCCACUGAAGCCAGCAAAACUCGGAAAGCUGCAGGGAAAUUGCUAGCGCCUCACCCACCAUCCGCACCUCUGCUGGGAAACCGAAGUGGCAAAAACGCAGCCAGCUCUGGGUGUCGGGUUUUUAAUAGAAACAGUACAGAGAACAGUGAGGCUAUUGCUUGUCGUUCUGACUUGGCCACUGCAAUUCCCACACCUGGCUGCAGUCCGGCCAAAUGUGAACCUUGGGCAAAAAAUACUUGUUCUGUAAACAGUGGUCAGACAAACGCCUGUCAAGCUCAUUCAGUAACCUGCACUGAAAGAAGACCUGUUAAUGCAGAAAAUGGAUUACAUCUCCAUCAUAACCCAGCAGCUGGAAAAACAAGUACCUCCUGGCAAGAAACGCCUACUGCCGGAGCUCCAAAAGGCUCUGCUACUGGUGCUAUUCAGCACCAUGUGUCACAGUAGGAUAAUUCGCAUGUAGCUAAAUGUCAGCCUUUUAAAGCUAAUGUGUCCCAUGUUACUAUUGAUGGCAGCAGCCAGAUGACUAGUUUCAAAUCUGCUUCUAGGAUCAAUGAAUUGUUUUCUUUUUUUGCAAAUG